GAGUUAAUAAAGCAUGUCAUGUCAGUAUCAUGAACACGACUUCGACACCCAAGAAACGGAUCUCGUGCAAGAGAUGUCAAUUCCGAAAGCUAAGAUGCUCACGAACCGAGCCAUGUGAAAAUUGUACAGUGGCAAACCACAUUUGCGAGUACCGCGAGCUCGACCGGAAGAGACGACCCGCAUCGGCAGAAUAUGUCGCGGGACUCGAGAACAGGAUCGCCUGGCUCGAGUCAUACAUCAGGCGUGUCCAAGCUGUACCACCACAGGAGCGAGAUGUCAUUUUAAAACAAACACACUUCGGCGACCAUCACUUGACUAGCACUAGCCAAACACCACCCGGAGAGCCGAGCGCUGGAGCAGCAGGACCCGUCCGCCGCCGUCAAGCCAAUCUCGAGCCAGGACCUCAGGGUUCACUCAUAUAUCACGGCCCGACGAGUAUCUACCACGCCCAACUUGGCGCGCUGACAGGAAAUGGAACCGGGGGCUGCAUCAUGGGCCAGCCCGCUCACCCGUCCUCCUUCUCUGCCAACGAUGACUCCAACUUCGAUCACGUCGCCGAACACUUUGGAAUCAACAUGCACAAUGAGCUGAUCACGGACGCACUCAUGCAGUUCUUCAAGUGGCAGUACCCCCACUUCAUGUUCAUCUACCGCGAGGCGUUUUUGCGGGACCACUUUGGCGAUCGGCGGAACUGCAAGUACUGGUCGUCGGCGCUCCUCCUCUCUGUAUGUGCCCUGGGACUAUUGAUGUCGCCCGAAGACCUUGAUCGGCAGUCCAGCGAGCAGUUCUUCGUCGCUGCCGAGACCAUUCUCAUAGUGUCUGGGUUGACCCGACCUUCGAUCGCCACGGUCCAGGCCUUUCUUUGCCUGGCAUUCUACGAGAUUGGGCGAGGCAACCUGUCCAAGGGUUGGGGAUUCUCAGGCAUUGCAUUCCGAAUGGCUCAGGAUCUCGGCUUUCAAAGGGACCCGAAAUAUUGGGCCUCCCAUGAUACAUCGCUGGCAACCGCCGAGGAUGUCGAGAUACGCAGGCGCAUCUAUUGGGGUUGCUACACCUCCGAUAAGUUGAUCAGCCUGAUUCUAGGCAGACCAGUGUACUUCUUCUACGCCGAUGCCGAGGUUGAGGUCCUGGAGAGACUGCCUGACUUCCCAGAGAUGGAAAACUGGCUUCCAGUGGGCUUUGACAAAAGAGAAGGAGACUUCGGCGAGGCAAAGCCACUGAUACCUUGCUUCCAAGCACAAAUACGCAUCUCCAGUAUUAUCGAGCGCAUGCUGGCCACGGUAUUCUCCUCGCGAUCGACUCUAGAUGUACUGGGUCAGCAGGCAUGUCUCGACAGCCUAAAUCUGGACCUGAGCCGUUUGCAAUCGUCGUUGCCUCACUGCGCACAGUGGUGCAAAUGGGAGCCCCCUAGCAGCCGGCUAAUCCCAUGCGUGGCAGCGUUACAUCUCCUCUUUCAUAGCGCCCGUAUCGCGUUGAACUUUGACUCAGCGACAUCCGAUGAUGCGACUGCCGACCAAAAGAGCGCCCGAGAGUAUUGUCUCUCAUCGGCACGAGAUGUCACGGCUAUCCUGCGAAAAUAUCGAUCCCAGUAUGGACUGCGGUACGCGCCCUUUGUUCUUAUAUACGGUCUGGUGCAGGCGGCCCGCUGUUUGGCCGUCUUCGGCGCCCUAGAGGAAUCGAGUUACUUGGCACGGGCUCUCGACGAAUGUUCCAUGACUUGGAAACUGGGGCAGCAGAUGAGAGGUCCUGUACUAUAG